AUGUUGAAACAUAAAGAGGAGCUCUUGAAUAUUCUUGAACACUUAAAAGAACAUGACUUCAGUGAUUUCAAAUGGUACCUGAAGCAUGAUGACAUCCUGGAGGACUUUAAAGGCAUCCCAGAGUCUCAGCUGGAAAAAGCAGCAAGGCGGGACACAGUGGAUCUGAUGGUACAGACACAUCAGGAUCAUGGAGCUCUGCAGCUAACCAAGGCGGUUUUAGAAAAGAUCCGCAGGAAUGAUCUGGUGCAGCGUUUACAAAACUUUCAGCCUGAACCAAAAGGACCAACAGAUGCAUCUCCAGGCUCAGCAGUCCUGCCCUCCCAUGAUACUGAACCAGCCCCACUUCCAACUAAACAAAGAGGUAGUGGACGGCUGAAGGUUUUAGGUAGAUAUGAUUUCACUCUGACGAGGAAAUUUCAAAAGGCCGCUGACGGAACUGAUGAAGCAGGAAAAAAAACCCUCCUCAAAAAGAUUUACACUGAGGUCUACAUCACAGAGGGAAAGAGUAGAGAGGAUAAUAUCCAACAUGAAGAGAAGCAGCUUGAAACAGCUUCCAAGAUAAACACCCUCCAUGACACUCCGAUCAAGUGUAACGACAUCUUUAACGUCCUACCUGGCCAAGAGGAACACAUCAUCAGAGUUGUUCUGAUGAGCGGCGUCGCUGGUGUUGGAAAAUCCUUCUCAGUGCAGAAGUUCAUUCUGGACUGGGCAGAGGGCGCCGAAAACCAAGAUAUCAGUCUGCUGAUUCCACUUUUGUUCAAAGAGCUGAACUUGGUCAAAAAUAAGCCGCACAGUCUGCUCACACUGAUCCGUCGUUUCUAUCCAACAUUAAAGAACGUCACAGAAGAGAUGCUCGACUCUGACGACUUUAACGUUGUGUUCAUCUUUGACGGCCUGGAUGAAAGCAGACUGUCACUGGAUUUUGAGAACAAUGAUGUCGUGUCUGAUGUCACACAGACGUCAUCAGUCAGCGUGCUGCUGACAAACCUCAUCACAGGGAAUCUGCUUCCCAUGGCUCGCAUCUGGAUCACUUCCAGACCUGCAGCAGCCAAUCAGAUCCUAGAUCAGGAUUGUGUUGACAGGAUAACAGAAGUGCGAGGCUUCACUGAUGACCAGAGGGAGGAGUACUUCAAGAAGAGAUUCAGUGAUGAAGAACAGUCCAGCAAAAUCAUCUCACACAUCAAGUCUUCCAGGAGCCUCCACAUCAUGUGCAACAUCCCAGUCUUCUGCUGGAUCAUUGCGACAGUUUUGAAGCUCAUGUUGACUCCAGACCAGAGAGGAGAGCUGCCCAAGACCCUGACUGACCUGUACUCACACUUCAUGCUGGUUCAGACAAAGAGGAAGAAGAAGUAUGAUGAGGGACCUGAGACCAAAACACAGAAGCUGACGGAGGCUGACAGUGAAUUUCUUCUGAAGCUGGGGAGGCUGGCGUUUGAACAUCUGGAGAAAGGAAACAUCAUGUUCUACCACGAAGACCUGGAGCAGUGUGAUCUUGAUGUCACAGAGGCCGCAGUGUCGUCAGGAUUCUUUACAGAGAUCUUUAAGGAAGAGGGCGUGAUAUUCGAGGAAAAAGUCUACAGCUUUGUUCAUCUGAGUGUUCAGGAGUUUCUGGCCGCAGUCUACAUGUACCACUGUUACACCAGCAGGAACACAAAGGUACUGAAAGACUUCCUGGGAGACACCUACUCAACUCUGGAUGACUUCCUGAAGAGAGCCAUGAAGAAAUCUCUCCAAAAUAAAAAUGGCCACCUGGAUCUGUUUGUCCGCUUCCUUCAUGGCCUCUCUCUGGAGUCCAACCAGAGUCUCUUAGGAGGCCUGAUGGGUGAGACAGAGAACAGUCCAGAAACCAUCCAGAGAGUCAUCACCAACCUGAAGAUGAUGAACAGUGUGUAG